CUAAGUGUAAACAAGGAAGAAAACAUGGCAAAGUGUGUGCCAAACGGGGUUGGGAGUACGGAUGGCCCUAGAGCCAAGAAACCAAGGAUCGGAGAUCAGUCUGUGACGGUGGUAUUAGGCACGCAAUGGGGAGAUGAAGGAAAAGGGAAAGUGGUCGACAUGUUGGCCACAUCAGCCGAUAUUGUUUGUAGAUGUCAGGGUGGAAACAAUGCAGGCCAUACAGUUGUGGUAGGAGAUAAGAAGUAUGCCUUUCACAUGCUGCCCAGUGGAAUCGUCAAUCCUAAUUGCACAGCAGUUAUUGGGAAUGGAUGUGUUGUUCAUAUAGAACAGCUGCUAGCCGAAGUAAACAAGGCCGUGGCAAAUGGUCUUGCAGACUGGCGUACAAGGCUCCUUAUUUCUAACAGAGCUCAUAUAGUGUUUGACCUGCACCAGAAAGUUGAUGGACUUCAAGAGUCGGGCAGGGGCAAAGAUCUCAUUGGUACCACCAAGAGAGGUAUUGGGCCAGCAUACUCUUCAAAAGCAACUCGAAAUGGACUGAGAAUGGGCGACUUGGUUGGAGACUUUGAAUGUUUCUCCAAUAGGUUUGAAGCCCUGGUUGAGUACUUCAAGAAGCAUCACACGGGCCUGGAAAUUGACGUUGAGAGUGAACUGAAAAAGUACAAGGACUUGGCCGAGCAGAUCCGUCCACUGGUUGUUGACACCAUUCCUUAUCUGAACAAGGCCAUUACCUCUGGGAAAACCGUGCUGGUGGAAGGAGCCCAGUCUAAUGUGCUGGAUAUUGACUUUGGCUUGUAUCCGUACGUGACCUCGUCCAACUGCAGUAUAGGAGGCGUGUGUACAGGACUGGGGAUCCCCCCACACGUGAUCGGGGAUGUGUUUGGAGUGGUCAAGGCCUACACCACCCGAGUGGGGUCCGGGGGCUUCCCUACAGAACUCUUCUGUGAGAAGGGAGAGCUGCUAAGUAGCCGAGGCCACGAGUUUGGUGUAACAACUGGUCGCAAAAGGCGCGUAGGCUGGCUGGAUAUGGUCAUGCUGCGAUACUCGGCCAUGAUUAAUGGAUUCACUGCUGUAGCGAUCACCAAGUUGGACAUCCUGGAUGUGUUUGAGGAGAUCAAGAUUGGUGUGGCCUACAGUAUCGAGGGGGAGAAGGUCACAGACAGCUUCCCAGCGACUGACGAGGUCCUGAAGAAGGUAGAGGUGGAGUACCUGACACUUCCUGGCUGGAAGACAAACACGGAGGACGUGCGCAAGUUUGCCGACCUGCCAGGGGAGGCUCAGGCCUAUGUGCGCAAGAUUGAGGAGCUCAUGGGAGUACCGGUGAAAUGGAUCGGUGUUGGUCAAGCCAGAGCAUCAAUCAUAGAGUUGUAUUAGAUACUGAGAGGAAAUGUGGGUUUUAUGACAUUAUUCCUUUGUAUAUUGAACACUGAAGUUUGUAACAAUGAUUUACAAUGUAAUAUGUCACUUGAGUCUUAUUUUUAAUAACAAUAAAAAUUACCGAUAUUAAAAAUAUUAAUUAAGAGUGCCAGUGGAUAUGUUGAUUUUCCUAGAUUGGAAUGGAGUAUGAUUUUAUUGUAAUGGGUAAAUUGUUUAAUAAUAAUAAAUAAAAAUGCUUUUUGUAUGAUCAGUAUAAUUGACAUGUUUUGAAUAUAUUUCCCUUUUUAAAGGGAAUUGCGGUGGUUACUGUCAUGUAAAUCUUACUUAUGUUGAUGUUAACAUGUGUAUGAAAUUUAAUUUAACUGAAUCAAAUUCUAAAUGCAUGUGUAUUUAAAAAAUAAACUUGGUUUAUAAAUGAUCUUUGGUUGGUGAAAGCUCAAUAAGAUUAUUAUAUGGCAGUGCUCCAGCUAAGAUUGUCGAAAGGGCUUUUUCGUCUCGCAUUAUUUUGUCAAAAGGGCACUUUCGAGUGUGCGUUCGUAUCUGAAAUGCUCCCUGUUGCAUAUUAGUUUUGAUAUUAUUAAUAAUUGUUAGGACAUAUGAUUUCCAUUAUUAUUAAACCAUGCAAAUAAAAUGUCUACAAUGAGGAAUAAAUUAAUUACAAUGUAAAAAAAGAUUUGUAAAUAAAUUGUCCUUUUUUUUUUUAAUAAAUAAAAGGGCAGUGCCUCGGAAGGGCAGGGCGGAGAGCCCUUCCAUUAAGGCUUAGCUGGAGCACUGAUAUGGUGUUUACUAAUAUUAUAUCUGAACACUCAAUGUAUGAGUUAUGUACACAAAUUACUAUUUGUUGAUUUCUUACUAUUUUGUUAAAAUAAUAUUGUUAAUUUUUAGAUGCUCUUUUUUUUUGUUACAUUUUACAAGGCACUUGUUUUAUUAUGUUGUUUCUUGAAAUUUUGUAUUAUUUUAUUAGACUCGCUGGUGAUAGCUUUUGAUGAAAUCACAGUUUUGUCAGUUGGAAAUAAGCUUAUUAAUUAAAAGACAUUUCAGUUGCUUGAUUUUGUAAUGCUGCAUAAUAGUAAUAUUACAUUUUGUAUUUCAUUUUAGAAUUUCAUUUUCAUGUUCCAAACAUCUCAAAAUAAAGAUACUCUGGAUAAGAAUCUGCACAUAUGUAUGGGCUGUGCUCUGUGAAAAGGGGGAUUUAAUUCAAUGUGCGUUAAGUGUCGUCCUAGAUUAGCCUGUGCGGGACGACACUUUCCUCUUUUAUGAUAUUUUCAAGAAAGUCUCUCAACAAAAAUUAAGUUUAGGCAGAAAGUGUCGUCCAUGAUUAGCUUGUGCUGACUGCACAGGCUGACUGCACAGGCUAAUCUUGGAUGCACUUUAAGCACAUGCAUUAAACCUGAUUUCACAGAGAAAGGCUCAUAUUUGCUUUGUAUGUAUUCACCGUAUUUCUAACAUAUUCUUUUCUAUAUCUUUUACAUUGAGAUUUGACUGAAAUGCUUACUCAAAAAUGGUGUUUACAUUUAAUCAUUUUUCUGGUCUCUCAGUGAAAUGUGGGCCCUGUCCCGAAAUUUGUCAUAGGGUCAAGUGUAGUAACAAUUUGUAAUUUUUAAAACACUGUCAUACCUCAGCUUGCAGGCAAUAUCAAACACAAACUUGCAAUAAGUUUUAAAGACACGAGUUAUGCCUUUGGAAAAUCUUGUUUGGGAAUCGUAAAAAGAACAGAAGUAAUUUUUGUGCGUGCCAUUAUCAUGUCACCAAAUCUUAAGGCCUAUAAAUGAUUUUCAAAAUUCACCAUCAUUUCUGCGCCCGCACUGGUCUUGUUACGAUUCAAUUAACUGAUUGUUGUUAACAUAUUUACUAUAAGUUGUUUGUCUUGAAUUAUUAGAAAUAUUUUAAAUGUAUGUUCUUAAAAAAAAAAUAUUUUCGCAUUUUCUAAACGAAGGUUACGUAAACUAAUGCACUAAGACCAAUUGCAAAUAUUUUGAAUUGAGUGAAACUGUUAGAUUUUGAUCCCUUGAUGAAUAUAUUUGUUAGAUUUUGAUCCCUUGAUAAAUAUAUUGGUUAAAUAAAGAAGAGUACUAUGGUUUUACUCUAAAUUACUCAAGCUUCAUCUUUGGUGUAACCAAAUGUCUUCUAUUUAAUCCAGUAUUAUAUUGUUAAAUUGAAUCUCUGUUUCAUACCCAGUGUUCUCACCCAAUUGGUAGGGUACUCAUCCAUGUGUUCCUUUUUGUUUUUGUUUUUUCAUUUGUCCAGAUUUUUUUGAUUUUGUUAGUGCUUUAUUUCUCAAAUGCUAUAUUACAGGUAAUAUUCUUUUUGUGGGCUGACUUCAGGGCUCGAAAUUGACACUUGCACACUCGCAAAAUGCGAGUGAAAAAUACCGAUUGCGAGACAAGUUUUAAGCCACUAUAAUUUUUUUUCGAGUAAUAGUGAAGAGUAAUAUUGCUAAAUGCGCUCGACGUUGUAAACGCUAAACCGCAGUUCAAUUUAUAGAACGUCCGAAUACCCGUAUGCGGAAGCUCGCACCUUGUAUGUAGACUGGUAUACUUAUAGUACAUAUAUGCGGAUGGUAUUGGUACAAAGAACGUGAAACAGUCUAUUAUCCACACACGUUCAUUAUAAGAGACAUAAAACUUAUACAGUCAUGGCGUCGAAGCGAAAAAUAACUAGUUUCUUUUUGCCCACUGAUGGAAAUAACAAUACGAAAUAUAAAGCAAAGUGAACCGUUUAGUUAGGUAAAAAAAACGGAAAUUAAAUCCUUCUACGAAAACAGUGAAAAUUGGGAAAAAGAACUUAAUAUAUAACACUAAAACUUGUUGAUGUCAUAUUUUAUUUUGUUUUAAUAGUACUAAACUAAUGUCCAAACUUGCUUUUAUUUAUGUUUCCAGUCAAAUUUGCGAGAAUGUUUUUGAUUUUGCGAGUUGGUAUUAAAGCUGCUCGCAAUUUUUUGCUAGUAGAAAAAAAGGUUAAAUUCGAGCCCUGGACUUGUUGUAUUCUCCAAACAUACUUUUCAAGGAGUGGGUUUUGAAUAAAAUAAAGUACCGGUAAUCUUG